AGCACCUCCGUGAAGUCCAGCUCCCAGUCAACACCCUCUAUACACCUUCCGAAACUCCUGCUCCGUCGUCCGAACUCAGUGUUUCUCUACCAUGUUCAGUCUCUCCCGCAAACCCGUCAACUCCAAAGCGAAUGAGCCUGUCUCGAAGUCAUUCCAGCUACGAAGGCUCGCAGAAGCUACUCUUGGAAGCGGUAACCUGAAGAAAGCUGUUCAGCUCCCAGAAGGCGAAGAUCUGAAUGAGUGGUUGGCUGUCAACACCGUCGACUUCUUUCAACAAAUAAACAUGCUUUACGGCACCAUAACCGAAUUCUGCACCCCUACAUCCUGCCCAAUGAUGUCCGCCGGCCCAACCCACGAAUACCUCUGGCACGACCCUCCAAACUACCCCUCCCCGACCUCCCUCCCCGCCUCAACCUACAUCGACCUCCUCUUUACCCGUACCCAAUCCCUCCUCGACAACCCCCUCAUCUUUCCUCAAAAACCGGGUAUCCCAUUUCCCCGAAACUUCAGGGACGAAGUGAGUGCGGUGUUGAGGAGGUUGUUUAGGGUGUAUGCGCAUAUUUAUUGGGAGCAUUAUGCGGUCGUUCGGGAGUUGGGGUUGGAGGCCCAUUUGAAUACGGGGCUGAAGCAUUUUGUGUGUUUUUGUAGGGAGUUUGGGGUUGUGGGGGAGAAGGAGUUUGAGCCAUUGAGGGAAUUGGUGGAUGAGAUGAUGAAGGAUAAUUGA